AUGACGUCACUGAGUAAAAUGGUACCGGUGGCAUCACGUGGGCUUCUGAAGCCAACCUCAUUCGUGAUGCCUGCCAUACGAGAAUCUCACGCCGCUCUGUUUAGGAAGAGACCUGCUCAGCUCAUCACCAAUAGGAUUAAGGAUUACUGCCAUUUUUAUUUCUUUGGAAUCGGAGUGUUUCCGAUCAUGCUCUGUCUAGCUUAUAAUCACAUAGUGUAUGGAACUUGCGAACUUGGUAAUUCUCAUCUCCAGGACUACUCAAUUUCUUUUCUUUAUCAGGGUGAGCCUCCGCACUACUGGCAGUUUGAGAGAACACCAGUACGUCAAUGGUGGGCGAAACAUUUCGGAGUGUCGGACAUCGAACAUCAUGAGAGAAAUCUUGCUUACUACGAAAAAACAGGAAUACAAGCCAGAUGGAGGCAAAUUGAGGAGCGUGUGAAACAUCUGGAAUCCGAGCGUUGGGAUUACAAGGCAUGGAGUUAUCAACCGGUGUCGUCUACUUGGGUGGACCUGGCAAGAUGGCAUUCCUUGCGUCUCCGAGACCAAUAUGAACAACACGGACAUUAUCCACAGUAA